AUGGCGAAAUCCGAUGCCUUGGUUGGCCAAGAUCUCCCUCCUUAUGAACUUGUACAACGACCGAGUUCUCUUCUACUUCGGCGUCGGCGUCGAGUUCUCGGCACUCUUCUCCUCAUAGCAAUUCUUUUGGUACUGGUUCAGCUUGAGUCUAUCACCACCACUCCGACAUCGGUACCUCAGACGCAAUCUUUUGUUGAGGGACUGAACAAAUGUCAUCAGGUUAGUAAUCAGGGUCAGCAUGACACGCAGGCAUUGAAAGACCGGCCAAACCCAAGAUGGAAUCCAAUUACCGGCCAACAAAUUCCUAUUGUCAUCAAGGAUGCAUCGCUCUUCGACGGCGAUUCCACUCGCAAAGGGACUUUCGAUAUCAUCUUUGACUCUGGUGUGAUUUGGUCUGUAUCUCCCGCUAGCACACAAAACUCCAUCCCAAAAGGCGCUCGUGUCAUUUACGGGGGUUUUGUGACUCCUGGCUUCGUUGAUAUGCAUUCUCACCACCUAUUGCUGCCUUUUCCUCAUCUUUCAUCUACUAGCGAUGUUAAUGAGCGGCCACUCUUGGGACCUAUUACUCCAUUCGUGCGCUCUAUAGAUGGCUUCAAGCCCUACGAUCCUGCUAUAAAGAUUAUUGCAUCGGGGGGCGUAACAUCUUCCUUGGUGCUUCCAGGCUCCGCAAACAUUGUUGGAGGCGAGGCAUAUAUGGUAAAGAACUUACCACUGGCUGGUUCAGCCGGUGAGCCUGUGGUUGACGAGCUGCUUUUGGAAUAUGGCCUCCCCGAAAAUAGUCGACAGAGAUACCUUAAGAUGGCUUGUGGAGAGAACCCCAAGGGUAUAUAUGGCAAUACCCGGCUUGGUCUCACUUGGCUCUUACGCGAAAAGCUCGAAAAGGCACGAGAACUGCUGCAACGCCAGGUUACCUGGUGUGAAGCAGCAUUUGAGGUUGAGGCGAGCACCUUCGCCAAAGCUCGCCGCAUUUCAAAUUUCCUUAAGUCCGAAGGGAAACGACCUGACUCGUUUGAGCUUGAGACCCUUCUCGCACUUUUGAAAGGGGAGCUCAACGUCAAUGUGCACUGUUAUGAACCUGAAGAUUUUGAGCGCAUGCUGUCUGUGCUUCACGAAUUUGGUGUUCAUCCUCGAGCUUUCCAUCAUGCGUUGGAGGCAUGGCAGGUACCUGAGCUUCUGAAACAUCUUGAAGAAAAUAUUACUAUUGCCACAUUUGCGGAGAACUCCCUGUUCAAGGCUGAGGCGUACGGGGCAAAUUUGCGAGGACCAAAGAUUUUGGACGACCAUGGGGUUCAGGUUGCAUUGAAAUCGGAUCAUACCGGCGAGGAAAACUUUGCAAAAUACCUUAUAUACCAGGCGGCAAUUGCGCAUUCCUUUGGCCUGCCUGAGGACAAGGCCCUUCAGUCCGUGACAUCAGUUCCUGCUCGCUCAGUGCAGCAAGACCACAGAAUCGGUUAUGUUCGCCCCGGAUAUGACGCUGACCUGGUCAUCUGGGAUGAUCAUCCACUUCAGGUCGGUGCAACCCCCUCUGAAGUAUUCAUCGACGGCAGAUCUGCUCUUCAUGAGAGUAAAUCCUCUGAUGAAUUGACGCAUGAAGCGAUUCGCUCUUCUAAAUUACAUGAGGCACCGGUGAUGCGAACGUCUAUCGCCCCGGAUCAGAAAGAAGACAUCUGCGGUAGAGCUGAGGGGCCCCACUCAGAGGUACUAUUUACCGGUAUCCAAGAGGUUCUGAUUGACCUUCCGACACAUCUUACUCAGAAUGCAAAGAACCUGACUUUGCUGGUCGAGGAUGGCCAAAUCACAUGUUUCGAUGAGAGAUCAGCCUGUGUUUCUUCAAGUGGGAGCGAGGAUGGCUUAACGCAGGUAGAAUUGAACAACGGCUACAUAACCCCUGGUCUCGUUGCUUUUGGAAACAACAUCGGAAUUCAAUCCAUUCCUUCUGAGAGUUCAACAGGGGAUGGCUUGGCUGCGAAGAAUGGGGAUGCUCUUAACGAACAAAAAGCGGUUCAUUUUGCCAAAUAUGGUGUGCAUUUCUUCGGUAGAGGGUUUACAAGAGCACGAAUUGGGGGUGUGACAAGAGCUAUCUCCGCGCCCCAUUCUGGGGGAGGCAUCAUCCAAGGAGUCAGCGUUGGAAUACACACAAGCGUGAAUGCCACUAUCUUAAAUGGUGGUAUUUGGAAGGACGAUGUUGCCCUUCACUUUACAAUAGGACAAGCAGCAAAGGGUGAUGAUACGCUGACUGUCUCUUCUGGCAUUGAGCGCCUGCGUCAGGUACUAGAGAAGGGUAAGACAGCCGAAUCAGGCAUUUAUUACCAGGCUGCGAGGGGCUUACUGCCCAUGGUUGUACGCGCAUUUAACAAGGAUGAUAUCAGUCAGUUGAUCUUGGUCAAGCGUGAGUUUCCUUCAGUGAGGCUCGUCCUCUAUGGUGGCCACGCCGCGCCUUUGGUAGCAAAGCCCCUAGCAGAAGCAGGUAUUCCGGUCAUUCUAACAGGUAACCGCGGCGCGCCUGACAGCUGGGAGAAGCAAAACGUUCUUACGGGUCCCCCGCUUACUGAAAGCCCGGCUAAGAUCUUGAUAAAUGCCGGUGUUCUUUUGGGUUUGGCAGUUAAGAGCGAUUCAAAGAUACAUGGCCUGGCACAAGAAGCUCGAUGGGCUGGUAAGUAUGCUGGUCUUACUGACAAGCAAGCCAUUGCCUUGGUGUCAACGAACCUGGAUGAUAUUCUUGGCACUCGGUCAAAUAAGAAAGGUCAUUAUGAGCCAUUGACACAGUCAUUUUCUGGGGAUUUUGUUGUGUGGGAGGGAAAUCCGUUGAGAGGCGAAGGUUCCGUUGUUGUUGCUGUUCAGGACGGUGGAAAAGUUGCUGACUGCUGGCCCGAUACAACUGAUGUUGUAUUGUAAGUCGAAUUUUGAUCAUGAUAUUUUUAUAAAGAAAAUG